AUGGCAGUACAAUGGGUUUACGCUAAUGGCUCUUCUUGGGUAUCUCUUGAUAUCACUGCACAACAGCAAAUUGAACAACUCUGGUAUAACAAUACCUCUGCUUGGAUUGAUUGUCGCACAUUCCCCGGUGGGGCAUAUGUCGACUUUGACAAUAUGCAAAUCAAAUUUAACAAUUACGGUUAUGCAAUUGCUCGCCGCUCAAACUAG